AUGACCAUCGCAAGCAGAUUAGCCAAGCUCAAGUGGGUGCGCAAGCUUUGCUCCAGAGACGGGUUUCGCACGACAUCAAGACUUUCGGAUCACUACGGUCCCGAGAAGGCAAAGACGUCAAUGACUCCAAGGCAGCCUGCGGACCCGAGACUAGGCGAGCUCAGCGAGUGCAAACAACAGCCUUGCUUGGCGGCCGAGUUUGUUGUAUUGCACCUGCAUGUUGCAGGCCACGCCCGCGGGCAAGAAUGGGUCGCACGCUGUUGGCGGAUGGAACUUGCCGGUCAUGAGAGCAAGUUGCGUCUUCUGCAGGUCGCUGUCGCGCCUGGCCAGGUUCGUGAGCCUUCAACAGCUGCCUCGUGCGGUGUUUUGCGCUGGAUAAGAUGCUGGUCCCGUCGGCUGCGAUGCCCAAUCAAGAUCCUCGGAGCUGGCAUAGGACAGGACGUGAUCAGACAAGACCUAGGGGCGUCUGUCAAGAACGCGGCCGAGAUGCUUGUGUCGAGAGGCUCACCUCGUGGAAGCCUGCGGGGUGUAGCCUUGAGGGCCGUUGCUGUCAAACUGGCCAACGGGGCGGCGAUGGCGAAGAGAACCAUCGGAAGCGCUGCCCUGCCUAGCUCCACGCUCUCACCGUCCGAGCUCGCCAACUCUGGCCAAUCCCACGACAUCCACGCCGGACAUACUCCUCCAGUCGCAACAUACGGUGCUAGUGCCGUUGUCCUAGCGAUCCAAAUCACAGCAGCCAGUCUAUGGACCGACGGCAGAGGUACACGAAGCCAAGCAUUCAGGCUCGAUUUUGAGAAAGACCCGUGUUAUCCAGUCCGCAGGCAUAACCGCAAAGCUCUUAUUCACUGUGAACCCGUCAACGUCAAGCCGCCCGUUUCAUCGACUUUCGGCGGUAGAUCCUAUGAGACGAUUGGAUGUCAUCAGCCACAAAAGCCCUCGCCUGUCUCUAACUUUAUCUCCCAAGAUCGUGCCGACGGUGACAACACAGCGGAGCUGGCCACUCAGACUGCAGCCGAGAUCCGGGAUGUCAAGACGUUCAGGAUACCAUAGCACUCACUUGCAAGCCACUUUCCACGGAACUGUCGUCCCUGUCAACACAUCAAUUACCCUGGGCGCACACCAGCGAGUGGCCCAAAGCAGCACCAACGUCAAAGUAAGGAUCAGAGACUGGACGGAAACAGACAUGUUCUCUCUCAGACAUAUGUGACACCCUCUGCAUUUUCCUUUUCCCCGUGAGGCCUUAUGGUGUAAUAAAGACCGAACAAUGAGAUCAUUUCUGCGUCUCGAUCUGAGAAAGCAUCUUCUUUGGUCCUCUUGGGGCCUUGGCUCCAUGUCCUCACUGCACACAGUCCAAGGGGACGAGAAGCUCCCACCACCAAGUCAUCAUCCCCCAGAAUCGACCGCGAUGCCCCAUCAGUACAC